CAAUCCUCCACCCCAACACAUGAGGAUCCACCUCCCCCUGGCUGACUGGAGAGCGGCCUACUCUGCUCCGCCCACCCGAUCCUCCAGGGGGCGUGGUCAUAUUUUUUUUUCCCCAAGCGCUAUUUCUUCGUCGCUCUUUACCGACGAGUGAUGCUGCGCGUGCGCAUUGGAGCGGAAGGGGGGGAGGGGAGGAAAGUAUGGAGUAGUCUCGCGCCAUCGGUGGUGAGCGCCUUGUCGCGCGCUGUGCCCGUUACCGGAUAGAAUGUUCAGGAGGCCCCCGCGGAACUUCCGGCGUCGCCAGCGAGCCGAGUCCAGCAGCAGCGAAGGGGAGCCCGAGGCGGAGCCGGAGCCUGGAGGGGACCGGGACGAAGAGGAUGAGGAGCGGGGCCCUGCCGAGCCCGCCGCUGAGCAGCAGCCCCCCGCAGAGGGGCCAGUAGGGGACAUCAGGGAUCAGGUGGAGGAGGCGGAUGGCGGAGUGCCCCGAGGCCGGUCACGGGGGGCAAGCCCCAGAGGGGGGCAAACGCUGCUGAGCUUCCGUGCUGAGGAGGAGCGGGACGAGGAUGAGGAACUCUUUAAAAUAAAGAAGCCAUCACUUAACACAAUAACGUUUAGAUUGCAAAAGAAGGAAAACCCACAUUCCACAGGCAGAGAAGCUGAAAGAAGCAAAGACCUCUUCCAAUCAGAGUCUAGAGUAAUCAAGAUUGCGGAUACAUAUGAGACAGAAGAAGAGGAUGAACACUUCUCAUCAGACAGUGAGGAUUACAAUAGUUCAGCCUCUGAAACGCAAUCUAAUGCUUCACUGAAAAGGAAGAGUUUAUCAGCAGGUAAUAUGCCUGAUGCAGCUUAUAUCCAGGUUGCUCGUAGGAAACGUCAGUUGGCCAGGACUCAAGGUGACUACAUUCCACUGGACACAUCAAAUCCUGUGACAGUUUCACAAAGAAACGAAUGCAGUGAUACAGAGAGUGAAGAUGACUCUGAUCGUGACAAGAUUCUCCACUUUGCUCCCAAAACAAAAACUCUUAGGCAGAGAAUGACUGAAUAUAUAGGAUCCAAGAGUGAUGAAGCAAGUGAAGAUGAUGAAACACAAAACAUGUGGGAAGAACAGCAACUAAAGAAAGCAGUCAAACUCCCACAGGGAGUAAAUGUUGACACUUCUCUACAUAAAUCUCAGCCUGUGAAAAUAAAGUUUGAUCCCUCUGUUUCACUGCCACCUGUGUCCCUGGAAGUUGUGAAGAAGCAACUGACUUCAAGAAUAACAUCAUUACAGGACCUUCAUCGUGCUCACCAGAGAGAGUAUGAAAAAUAUUCACAGAACAUUGAAAGCUCAAAGAAUACUAUCCAGGAGUUAGAGGGAGCUUCAAAUGCAGCUCUGAAUUACAAAUUCUAUAGAUCUAUGAAAACUUACAUGGAAAAUCUUGUAGACUGUUUGAAUGAAAAGCUACUUCAUAUUGAUGAACUGGAGGCAGCCAUGCAGAUGCUACUUCAACAACAAGCCAUAAUUCUCUUGAAACGUAGGCAAGAGGAUCUGAAAAAUGAAUCUACUUGUAUCCAGCUGCUAUCAAGAAAGAAUGGCAAAUCAAAUGACGACCGCUUGGAACAUGAUGAAAAGACUCAACUACUCCUGGAAGAGUGUGAGUCUCGAAGGACAUGCAGAAGGCAAGCAAGAGAGAGUUUUGGAAAAUCUGAUCACCAUGAGGGCAUGUCCAGUGAUGAUGAGGUAUCUCCAGCAGAGAUGACUGAUUUUCAGAAAAACAAAGAUCAUAUUUUACAAGAGAGUAAGAAGAUCUGUGAAGAUGUGCAUGCAGAUUUUUGCAACAUCAGAAAUAUCUUGUUGAAAUUCCAGCAGUGGAGACAGAAGUUUCCUGAUUCUUAUUAUGAUGCUUACAUUAGUUUAUGCCUACCUAAACUCUUAAACCCAUUAAUCAGAAUUCAGUUAAUAGGCUGGAAUCCUCUUGAGAAUUUCAUCUCUCUGAAUGAGAUGCCCUGGUUCAGAGCUAUAGAAGAAUUUAGUGAUGCCAAAGUUAUCUCACAACCAAAGAGAAAUGAUGACCCCGAUCAAACAAUUUUGCCUACAAUCACUGAGAAAAUUAUUCUUCCUAAAAUUACAGGCUUUGUAGAGCAUGUGUGGGAUCCUUUGUCGACUUCACAAACAGUCAGCCUAGUUCAACUCUGCAAAAAUAUAUUUGAAGAACUUUCCCUUUCCAAAAAUGAAUCCAGUAAAGCAAAACAGGAUAUGGUAAACUCAGUUGUUUCAAGAAUGAAGAAGUCUAUAGAGGAAGAUGUUUUUAUUCCUCUGUAUCCUAAAAGUGAUGUGGAAGACAGACUGUCUCCACAAUCAAAGUUCCAAGAAAGACGGUUUUGGUCAGCUGUAAAGCUGCUUUCUAAUAUUCUUCUUUGGGAUGGAAUCAUACCAGAAGAUACACUACGUGAGUUAGGAUUAGGCAAGCUGCUGAAUCGUUAUCUCCUUCUAAUACUCCUUAAUGCCACACCUGGACCAGAUAAUGUGGAAAAAUGCAACAAGGUAGUUGCAUGUCUCCCAGAAAGAUGGUUCAGAGAGCUUAAAAAUGGAUCAACUCUCCCUCAGUUGGCAAACUUUAGCCAACAUUUGUUGCAAAGUGCGCACAUACUGUAUAAGAAUAACUGCAGUGAUGAAACAAGAGACCUGAUUCUUCUGUUGGUGAAGGUCAAUGCCUUGCAUAUUGCAGAGGACUUCAUUGAAGAAUAUAAACUGGAACACCUGAAAUCUGUUAUCAGAAAAGUAGAAUUCCAGUAAAAGGAAUAGAAUACAAAACUUAAAAAUGUGGUAGCCAUUUGGGGUUUUCUUUGAAGCAAGAUAAAGAUCAAGUUAAAAUAUUGUUAAAGGUUUCGCUUGAACAAUUCAACUAACAAAUUAGGACUGCCUUUUAACUUUAUUCUGCCUUGAUGAGCCUAGAUGUUUUAAGAAACUAAAAGGCCCUGAAAGUAAUAGGCUUUCCCCCCUCCAUAUUUCUUGUGUAUCCAAAAUUUCCACUGUGAUUAGUGAGUAUACUUGGUGCAGCAGAAAUGCAAAUGUGGUCCAAUGCAUGUUGCACUGGUUGGCAUCAAAUUAGUUGAAGAUGAAAUGGUAAUUUUAAUUUCUGAAUGACCUUGCUUUUUCUGGAUUUAAUUCAAAAUAGAGCAAUUUUAGUUCCUGCCACAGGGAUGAUAAUGCUUGAUUUCUCUUGUGUGUCACUUUAAAGACUAGUGAAAGGAUCUGAAAAAUGUGUCUCAGAAUCAGUAAACUGUAAGUAAACAGUCGUGUGUAGAAUUUCCAGUCUUGAACUGUGAGGGCAGUGUUGUAUAAUACCCCUCUGUCUCAAAGAGGAUACCAGGCCCCUUCUCAGGUGAGAUCUCAACGACCAUCAUGGAGAUCUGUAGGAGGGAUUUAACUGAAUAAUAGCAAUAGAAUAACAGAGACAGCUGGAAGAGAAGGUUAAGGAUAGCAGGCACCUAUCUGUAUUAUACCUUGUAUGCAAAUAUAACACUUGUAACAUCAUAGUGGAAGGAUGGCAUCCAUUGUAUGCCAUAUUUUAUAAUUCAGAUGAUAAUGUAGAUUGUAUUCAAGUAAAUGUGCACGGCCCUAGGCUUACUUCUUGUCUUAUUUUUCUUCAAAGUUUCUUUUUUAGGAUCAUACAGACUUUAAUUAGUGGCAGGGAGAUGCACGAGUCAUUUAUUGUAGCAACUUCAGAAAUUAUUUCAAUGUGAAUUUUUCACAUAGUUUUCAGAAAUGAGUGGUGUGUAAGAAUCUUGCUGAUUCCUAUUUUUGCUUCCCCCCCAAUGUACAUACAGUCCUGUUUAUCAUACCAGUCUAUUUCAAAAUAAUCUGUCUUGUAGUGAGUUUUGAAUGUACAUAACAAGUCAUUCCACCAUAGAAUUGAAAAAAUUGGUUAUAGAAAUCUAGAAUUCUGAUGUACAGUCAUUUGUAUCUAUAUUUCCUCAAAUGGUAUUUAAUGUCAUAUUUGUGGGGGGGUGUUUUUUCCCUUAGGAACCAGGCCUUUUUGAUUUUUUUUUCCUUGUAGACAUGCUUUUACAUUUUUUAAAAACUGGAUAUUUAUUUUUGUAAAAUAAAUAUCAUCUUUAAAUGACUUGAUACUAUUUUUAAUCUUGAUUUAUGUUUAACUCCCAUUCAAAUGGGGUUACUUUGUAAAAUAAAAUUGUUAGUCUUGCCUUUAGUUUCAC